UUAGCCCCAAAGAGUGCCUUCUACAGCAGGGGAGGGGGUGCCAUGGAGGGGCAGAGGGUUCAGCCAGCACCACCGGGAGCGCUGGAGGGAACGGAAGACCCCGGGAGGCCCAUGCCUAUGAAGAGGGCACCUUCCGGGCAGCCACCACCGAUCAGAUGAUGCGCCCGUACUGCCUGCUCCUGCUGCCGCUGGGCGCCUGCCUUCCUCUGCUGGGCCCAGAAGAGCCCCCGGCCACCUCGGGGGGCGUCGCCAGCGAAAUGGGCGGACACCGGGUCCCCCUCCCACGGGGCUCCUCCCGGCGGCCCAGAGCCCCGCACCCAGGCGGCCUGCUUGUCGUGGCCAAGGAGCUGCAGAUGUCCGGCCGGCAGCGCGCCGGCUUCAGCGUCCGGUUUGGGCGGCAGGACGACGGCAGCGAGGCGACCGGCCUCCUCCUGGCCGGUGGCGACAAGGCCAGCGGCCCACUGGGGACCCUGGCCGAGGAGCUCAGCGGUUACAGCAGGAGGAAGGGCGGCUUCAGCUUCCGCUUCGGCCGGCGGUGAAGGGGCCACAGUCGCCUGGAAAGGGUUUCUUCCAACCCCCCCUCCCCGGCCCGUCUUCUCCUGGAGCCCCAAAGACAGGAUACCGAGCAGCACGGGGAUUAUUAAAAUGAGUUCUUAGCAGUAGGUCGCUUCUGUGGGUGCAUCUUUUUGAUUUCCAACUCGGCUCAGGCAAAAACCUGGAUGGUAUCCAAAAAGGAGGGGACCCAAAGCAAGCCACACCCGGUGAGGAGGGUGGCGCCGGCCUGACGUAGCCCACAGACCACUGUCGGUCCCAGCCCCCUUCCUGGGUGGCCGGGUCUCGGCAGGUCCCCUGGCCCAGGGGUGGCCGGGUGGCCGGGUGCCGUCGGGCCAUGAAUAUGAAUAGGCAGAG